AGAAAGGGACAGCUUCCUUAUCAACAUGGGUGAAGAAAGGUGAGAUAAUCUGAGACAGAGAGUUGCAAAAAAGUCAUCAUAUGUUUACAGAGAGUGCUGGUCGGUGUUAAAACCGUUUAGUUCAGUGGAGAACGUUCAGCGGACGCUAUAAACUGGGCUACACGGGAUAUAUUUAUGCACUGAAAGGAGAUGAAAUGGUUAACAGAGGAGUAUUUAUAACCUCUGUGUUUGGGCUCCUCCUCCUCCUCCUCCUCCUUCUCUCUCUCUCUCUCUCUCUCUCUUUCUCUCUCUCUCUCUCUCUCGCUCACACACAGAACCAGGAAGUAACUCCUUAUUUCAGAGAAAACAAAACUGAUCUCUUUCGGUGUGUGAGAUCAGGAAAAUGGCCGAGGCCAGUAUUUCAGUAGAUCAGGAUCAGUUCAGCUGUCCAGUGUGUCUGGAUCUCCUGAAGGAUCCGGUGGCGAUCCCCUGUGGUCACAGUUUCUGUAAGGUGUGUAUUAAUGGCUUCUGGGAUCAGGAGGCUCAGAAGGGCGUCUACAGCUGUCCUCAGUGCAGAGACACGUUCACUCCGAGGCCUGUUCUACGCAGAAACAACAUGCUGGCUGAAGUGGUGGAGAAACUGAAGAAGACUGAAGUCCAAGCUGCUUCUCCUGCUCACUGUUACGCUGGACCUGGAGAUGUGGAGUGUGAUUUCUGCACCGGGAGAAAACACAAAGCCGUCAAGUCCUGUCUGGUGUGUCUGGCUUCUUACUGUGAAAUUCAUCUGAAACCUCACUAUCAGUCUCCUGCAUUUAAGAUACACACAUUAAUCGAAGCCUCAGCAAAGCUACAAGAGAAGAUCUGCUCUGAACAUAACAAGCCGAUGGAGAUCUACUGUCGUAGCGAUCAGACCUACAUCUGUUACUUGUGUACGAUGGAUAAUCACAAAGGACACGACACCGUCACAGUCACAGCAGAAAGAGCCGAGAAACAGAGAGAGUUAAAGGAGGAGCAGAUGAAAUCCCAGCAGAGAAUCCAGGAGAAGCAGAAGAAGGUGCAGGAGCUGAAACAGACUGUGAACACUAUAAAGCUCAGUGCACAGACAGCAGUGGAGGACAGUGAGAGGAUCUUUACUGAGAUGAUCGGCUCCAUGGAGAAAAGGCGCUCGGAGGUGACGGAGCUGAUCAGAGCUCAGGAGAAGGCUGAACUGAGUCGAGCUGAACGACUCCUGGAGCAACUGGAGCAGGAGAUCGCUGAUCUUCAGAGGAGAGUCACUGAGCUGGAGCAGCUUUCACACACAGAUGAUCACCUCCACUUCCUCCAGGAUUUAGCGUCUGGACAUCGGUCUCCUCCAUUAGACAGAGCAGAGUUUCAGACAUCCAGCAUCACUGACCGUCAACAUCUCUCAUUUGAUGGAGUGAGGAAUUCUCUCUCGGACCUGAAGAAGAGACUCGAGGAAUUCUGUGAGGAGGAAUUCAACAAAAUCCUUCCACAGGCUGCAGCAGUUCAGAUCAUUUCACCAUCAGAGCCACAGACCAGGGAAGACUUCCUGAAAUAUUUCUGUGAUCUGACUCUGGAUCCCAACACGGCACAUCAUUACCUCGUUCUGUCUGAGAAGAACAGAGUUUUGACGUAUACAGAGAGAGAGAAAUAUUACCCUGAUCAUCCAGAGAGAUUUGAUUAUUGGCCUCAGGUGUUGUGUAAGGAGAGUGUGUGUGGACGCUGUUACUGGGAGGUGGAGUGGGAAAGUGAUCGAGGUGUGGCCAUAUCAGUCUCAUAUAAGGGGAUCGACAGGAAAGGACCGAGUAAAAAUUGUACCUUUUCCAGCAACAAUCAGUCCUGGAGUCUGGAGUACUGUUAUUCUUCUUUUCUCUAUUUCUAUAACAACACCAUUAAGACUGAUCUUACGGUUCCACUAUCCUCCAGAAUAGGAGUGUAUGUGGAUCACAGCGCAGGAACUCUGUCCUUCUACAGCGUCUCUGACACGAUGAAGCUCCUCCACAGAGUCCACACCACUUUCACUCAGCCUCUAUACGCUGGGUUUGGGGUUUACAUGGAUAGUGGUCAUACAUCAAUUAUGAGGCUGUGUGACCCAGUGUAACUAGUCUGUGAUGUUUUAUGGUCGGUGAUAAAUUGAUUCACUUUCCUUUACUGAGUCUUAACGGUGACACAAUUAACAUUAAAUCGUUAAAACACUGGUUUCAGACAUCGUUUAUAUGGUGAGGUGUUGCUUCCUGGAUUGUGUGGAAGAGCAGUAGUUAUUGAUAUAAACUGUGUGGCAGUGAUGAUGAUGAUGAUGAUGAUGAUGAUUUUGAUCAUGAUGGUGUGUAAAGCAGCUUGGAGGUGUUCAAGAUUUCCAUUCCAGCAGCUCCGUAGCAGUUUGGAGAUGAAGGUCUUGUUCCAGGACACAGCAGGAGACUUGGCUUAAUGAGGGACAUGAUGAGAUAUUAUUAUGAUAUAUCUUGUAGUUAAAGAUACAUUUUGUAAAUACACUAAUGCUUGAAGCUUAGUUGGAAAUAAAAUUUAAAAAUAC